CUCUCUGCGACGACACUAGACGAAGAUGUGCUAUCUCUGACGCGCGCCACUAUCUCCACCACCACGACGACGACGGGUGUACGUACGCUGCAAUGCUUGGACGGCAAGUCGCAGAUAGAUGACAAGGGGUUGUGUCGUUACGUGCGUGUGGGGGCGACAAUGGACGAGGGCUUGCCGAUUUCGAAUGUGCCGUUGCGAGAGGGGUGAAGAGCUUUCAGGGAGGCGCGAGCGGGCCGCUUUGCCACGGGAGAGGAGGGGCGUGCUGUGUGGGGAGCUUAGCUUGCAGGAGAGAGCGUAACAAGAAAGCUGGAAGAAUGUCGUCUGCCUUUUUGUCCACCUCAUCGUAACGCUUCACGACGAUGACCGUUGCCAUCACGCCCAGCUCGUCGUCAUCAUCAUCACCACCCAUGACUGCCAGCCCUACGCCGGCGCGCUCUAGGGCGACCUCGUCCUCUUCCGGCUCGUCAGGCUCAGGCUCAGGCUCGGCCUCGAGCUCCCACUACGCUCGCUCAACGACUUCAAGUGGCGCUUCUCUCUCUGCCGUUACCCCUGCGGAGGAAGCAGAGCCUGAAUUCAACGAGUCGUCCUACACCAAGCAGCACCCGCCCAUCCCUGCUGAACCUGCCAUCUCCCAGCUAGGCAUCGACGCUGGCACGCCCGACGCCUGGGUGGCCCGCGAUCAACGCCAGGUGCGUCUGACAGGCAAGCAUCCGCUCAACUGCGAGCCCGCGCUCGCCGACCUCUGGAAUGCCGGAUGGCUCACACCACAAGCACUCUUUUACGUGCGCACUCAUGGUGCAACGCCACGUGUCAGCGCCCAAGAGGCCAAGGAUUGGAAGCUUCAGAUUCAUGGUCUAGUCGAACGUGAGAUGAGCUUUACCAUCGAUGACUUGAAGCGCUUGUUCCCCACGGUGUCGGUGCCGGUCACGCUCGUGUGCGCAGGUAACCGCCGCAAAGAGCAGAACAUGGUAGCCAAGGGCCUCGGUUUCAACUGGGGAGCUGCCGGCGUGUCAAACGGUAUCUUCACGGGCGUGUACUUGGCCGACGUGCUCGAAUACUGCAAGCCCAUUAGACCCAUUGGCGCCUUCCCCUACGACCGUCACGUGCCCGGUCGCGCACGGCACGUCAUCUUCGAAGGGUGCGAUGAGCUGCCCAAGGGCAAAUACGGCACAUCUCAGCGCCUCGUCUGGGCCAAAGAUCGCAGCAAGUCGAUGCUCCUUGCGUGGGGACUCAACGGCGAGCCACUCAGCCCAGACCAUGGCUUCCCUUUGCGACUCGUAGUACCCGGCCAGAUCGGCGGUCGAAUGGUCAAGUGGCUCAAUCGCAUCGAAGUGAGCGACCAAGAGUCUCAGCACCAUCUUCAUUUCCACGACAACAAGGUUCUGCCCGCUGGCGUGUCCGCCGACGAGGCUCGAUCUGAAGAGGGCUUGCACUGGUGGAAGGACCCAAAGUACAUCAUCAACGACCUCAACACCAAUGCGGCGGUGACUGUACCGAACCAUGACGACUGUAUUGAUGUCGCAGAGGGUGCCAUGACCAAGGUGCAGGGCUACGCAUACGCCGGUGGCGGGAGGAGGGUCAAUCGCAUCGAACUGUCCCUGGAUGAUGGCCAGACAUGGGAGUACCCGGCGAAGCUCAUCUACCCGGAGGACUCGUAUCGCGAGAGCCCAAUUCGCGGUCAUCCCUACUUUGGCGACCUCGACUUGAGCGAGACGGAGAUGUCAUUCUGCUGGUGCUUCUGGGAGUUUGAGAUCAGCACCGAGCGACUGCGGGACUCUGCCGCAGGCUGCAUCACGUUACGCGCCACGGACGAGUCGCUCCAUACGAUGCCUGACCGUCUGAUCUGGAACGCGUACGGCAUGAUGAACAACUGCAUGUUCCGCGUCGCCAUUCACCACGACGAGGCCACGAACAAGCUGCGCUUCGAGCACCCAACACAGCCUGGCACGCAGAGUGGCGGCUGGAUGGCUCGCCUCACAGAGGAAGGGCAAGACCCCAAAUACCCCGUUUUCAAGGCUGCCGCUGGCUCGGCAUCGAAGAGCAACAGCGCGCCUCCCCCGCCCAAGGUGGACGUGCGCACACUCAUGGAGGACCCGGCCAAGUCUACGCACAUCGUGAGCGCGGAGGAGUUUCGCGAGCACGCAAAUGAGCACUCGCCCUGGUUCGUCGUCAACGGGCACGUCUACGACGGCACGCCCUUCCUCAAGGAGCACCCUGGUGGCGGGGAGAGCAUCACCCUCGUUGCAGGGGAGGACGCCACGGAAGACUUCAUGGCCAUCCACUCGCUCGACGCCAAGCGACGGAUGUUGGGCUUUCACAUCGGCAAGCUGGCAGAUGGAGCGCUGGACCAUCAAGCUAACGCAGAGAGUCUCGUUCCCAACGAGGCGGCGACUUUCCUUAACCCCAAGGCAUGGAAGAACAGCAAGCUCGUCUCGCGCACCGUCAUCUCUCACGACUCGCGCAUCCUGCGCUUUGCUCUGGACCACGAGGAUCAGACGCUCGGCUUGCCCAUCGGGCAGCACGUCUACCUCCGCAUAAAGGACAAAGAGGGCAACGUUGUCGUGCAACGCGCCUACACGCCCUUCUCAGGCAAUGAGCUGCGCGGCUUUGUGGAUAUCCUGAUCAAGGUCUAUCAGCCCACGGCGCAGUUCGCGACUGGAGGAAAGAUGACGAUGCUCCUCGAGAAGAUGGAGGAGGGCGUUGACUCGCUGGAGAUGAAGGGUCCGCUCGGUGGGUUCACUUUCCUCGGUGACAGCACGGUACGAUGGCGCGGCCAGGAGCGCAAAGUGCGCAAGCUGGCACUCAUUUGCGGCGGAUCCGGUAUCACGCCCAUCUGGUCGACGAUCAAGGGUCUGGUCGAGUGCGGAAAUUCAGCCGAGACGGAGUGCUGGCUCCUCAACGGCAACCGUACAGAGGCGGACAUCCUUGCGCGCACACAGAUCGAUGAGCUUCAGCAGCGCUUCCGUGGCAGUGGGAGACGCUUCGAUCUCUGGCACGUACUGUCGGGUCAAUGCGCUGAUGACUGGGCGGGCGGUAAAGGUCGUGUAAAUGUGGAUCUGAUGCGCAAGCAUCUCCCACCACCUCCGCCUGUCCGCGGCGAGGGUGACGAGCUCGAGGACACCUUGGCGCUCGUCUGUGGGCCGCCGGCGAUGGAGGAGGCAGUCAAGAAGGGAUUGGCAGAGAUUGGGUGGGACGUUCCGAAUACUGUCGUGUUCUUCUAGAUUGUGUACGAUGCGCGAUGCGAUUAAAGAUUAGCGUGCCCAUACUAUGUCACGACUUUUUGCGACCCG